AAAAGCUUCUUAUCUUUUGUUUAUCAAAAAAAAGAUACGUCUUUCUAAGUACAACGUAAAGAUUAAAACAUCUGAUCAAACACGACAUGAGCUGGCAAAUCAUAUCAACAUGUAUUUUAGGAUCUCUUCUUCGGAACGUGAUCUCUUAAAAUGGUAUGAUUGAUCUCUUAAAAUAGUAUUAUAUUAUAUCUGUGCUGUCUCUUUAAUUUGAAGAAGAUAGACUGAUCACUGAUUGAUAUCAUCUACGAUAUAAAUAAAUAAAAUUAUCCAAAGGGAGAGAGAGACAGCAUAAAACAUGGGAAGUAACACCGGCGAUCUGGUGACACGUGUCCAAUCAGCUCAUCUGUUCGAUCACGAUGCCUUGUUUCGUUACGCCGCCGACAACGUCUCCGGUUUUCCGACCAACCCAUCUCAAUUCACCAUCUCACAGUUCGGACACGGGCAAUCGAAUCCGACCUUUCUGAUCGCUGUCGGCUCAGGAAGCUCCCUUAAACGCUACGUUUUGAGGAAGAAACCUCCUGGGAAGCUCUUGCAAUCUGCUCAUGCUGUUGAAAGGGAGUUUCAGGUGCUUAAGGCUCUGGGUGAGCAUACACAAGUUCCUGUUCCUAAAGUCUUUUGCUUAUGCACUGACCCAACUGUGAUUGGGACUGCUUUUUACAUUAUGGAGUUCAUGGAAGGAAGAAUCUUCAUAGACCCCAAGUUGCCUAAUGUAUCACCGGGGAGAAGAACUGCGAUCUAUCGUGCAGCCGCCAAAGCCUUAGCUUCUCUUCAUUCUGCUGAUGUUGAUGCCAUUGGUCUUGACAAAUAUGGCCGUCGUGCUAACUACUGCCAAAGACAGAUAGAUAGGUGGUUCAAACAGUACUUGGCUUCAACGAGCGAAGGCAAACCCGUAAGGAAUCCAAAGAUGUUUGAGCUUGUUGAUUGGUUACGCACUAGCAUACCCGCUGAAGAUUCAACAGGAGCAACAUCAGGCCUUGUACACGGAGACUUUCGCAUUGACAAUCUAGUGUUUCAUCCUUAUGAGGAUCGAGUUAUUGGAAUACUUGACUGGGAACUGUCCACGCUUGGGAACCAAAUGUGUGAUGUUGCAUACAGUUGUAUGCAUUACAUUGUGAAUGUUCAGCUCGAUAAGGAGCAUGUCAGUGAAGGUCUUGAAACUACUGGACUCCCAGACGGAAUACUUUCUAUGCCAGAGUUUCUCUUAGAGUACUGUUCCGCACUGGGGAAACCAUGGCCUGCUGCAAACUGGAAGUUCUACGUAGCCUUCUCUUUGUUCCGGGCUGCUUCUAUCUACACAGGCGUGUACAACAGAUGGUUAAUGGGGAAUGCUUCAGCCGGUGAACGUGCCAGGAACACAGGGGUUCAAGCCAAUGAGCUUGUAGAGUGUGCCUUGGGUUACAUCGCACGUGAGAAUGUUCUUCCUGCGCACCCUCCAUCUGGUAAAAGAGAUGUGAGCCGCCCAUCGUAUGAAAGCCUUGUGGAUGGAACCGGCAGAUUCGUUCCCAACAGAAAAGUAUUGGAGCUAAGGGGAAAGUUGAUCAAGUUUAUGGAAACUCACAUCUACCCGAUGGAGAAAGAGUUCGCCAAACUUGCUCAGUCUGAUUUGCGGUGGACCGUUCACCCUGAGGAGGAGAGGUUAAAGGAAGAGGCAAAGAGACAAGGCCUAUGGAACUUAUUUAUUCCUGUGGAUAGUGCUGCUAGAGCUAGAAGAGAACUGGCAGCUAUUGAGAAUAAACAAUCUUUUGAUCAGUUGUUUGGAGAGGGGCUAACGAACCUGGAGUAUGGUUACCUUUGUGAGAUCAUGGGUCGUUCAGUUUGGGCUCCACAGGUGUUCAACUGUGGUGCACCUGAUACUGGAAACAUGGAGGUGAUACUUCGGUAUGGAAACAAAGAACAAAUUGCUGAAUGGCUUAUUCCUCUGCUUGAGGGAAAGAUCCGUUCUGGAUUCGCUAUGACUGAGCCACAAGUUGCAUCUUCUGAUGCAACCAAUAUUGAGUGCUCUAUUAAAAGACAAGGUGACUCAUACGUCAUCAACGGCACAAAAUGGUGGACAAGUGGAGCCAUGGAUCCAAGGUGCAGAGUCCUUAUUCUCAUGGGGAAAACUGAUUUCAACGCACCAAAACAUAAGCAACAGUCAAUGAUACUUGUGGACAUGCGGACUCCAGGUAUACACGUGAAGAGACCUCUCACGGUGUUUGGUUUUGACGACGCGCCUCAUGGACAUGCUGAGAUUUCUUUUGAGAAUGUGAUUGUCCCGGCGACGAAUAUUCUCCUAGGAGAAGGCCGAGGAUUCGAGAUUGCUCAGGGAAGGUUAGGCCCUGGAAGAUUGCACCAUUGCAUGAGACUAAUAGGUGCAGCAGAGCGUGGAAUGGAGCUAAUGGCUCAAAGAGCUCUUAGCAGAAAGACUUUUGGGGUGUUCAUAGCGCAGCACGGUUCUUUUGUCUCUGAUCUUGCAAAGUUGCGAGUAGAGCUGGAAGGAACCAGAUUGUUAGUACUAGAAGCUGCUGAUCAUCUCGAUAAGUUUGGGAACAAAAAAGCUAGAGGGAUUCUCGCAAUGGCGAAGGUUGCAGCUCCAAACAUGGCGUUGAAGGUACUAGACACGGCUAUUCAAGUUCAUGGAGCAGCCGGUGUGUGCUCGGAUACAGUUUUGGCGCAUCUGUGGGCAACGGCUAGAACGCUCAGGAUUGCUGAUGGACCUGACGAGGUUCAUCUUGGGACCAUUGGCAAGUUAGAGUUACAGAGAGCUUCAAAGCUUUAAAGCCCAAAGAGGAAAUCAGAUUUGCCUUGUACUAUUUAUACAUGAUAAUAAAGCUGUUGUUGGGAUCUUUUGCAGUAUGGUAAACCUGAAUAAGUUUAUACAGGAUCUUCUCAUC